AUGGAGAGCGCUUUAGGUUUAUAUGACGUGCUAUGCGAAAAUUCAAAAUUAUUAAAAUAUGUGCCUUACUAUAAAAUAAGUCAAGAUCACAUCGAAUUACUUUUUUCAUCAUUUCGACGACAUAGAGGAUGUAACAAUAAUCCCACUGCUAGGCAGUUAAAAGCUGCUUUUAAGAAGAUAUUAGUGCACGCCGAUGUAAAGAAUGUUAAUGCCGCUAAUUGUAUCUCAUUAGAAGAAAUUGCUAUAUUACACAUUUUGGAAUAUUCUGAAUACGUAAUUGAGUAUAUUGCGGAAUGUAUUGUCAUGCAACUGCAAAAAAUGAUAUUCUGCGAACCGUGCAAAGAUGCAUUGAUAAGAAUUGAUGGUACUAAAAAUAAUUUAGUUUCUACCAAAAGUUUUAGAGGUUUAGUACAACCUUCAGUAGACAUUAUACGCAUAUGCCAACAAUGCGAGAAAGUAUUUCGUCACGCUGUUAAUUCUAACAUACAAUUAAACACAAAUUAUAUUUGUUUUAUUGUAUUAGAAUAUUUGUUAAAUACUGAUAUAUUUAAACAUCUCGAAAAUUAUACAUAUGAUCAAAUGAUAAUGGAAAAUCAUGUAAUACAUUUAUUGCGAAACAUAUCUCAAAAAUAUGUUAAAAUUAGGUUGCACCAUUAUGCGGCUACUAUUAAAGAUAAAUCAAACAGCAACAGACACGAAGAGAUUGGAAAAGAUAAUGACGGAAAUGACUCACCGGCGGAAUUUGCUCGUAUAACUCGUCACAUAAGAGGCAUCGAAGAUGUAUCGUUAGAUGAUAAGGUCGAUACGAAUGUAAGAAACGAAGAAUGUGGUAAAAUACAAGAAUAUAACAUUGUAUUGUGGUCGUAUAACCUUCUUCAAGAAAGUCGCGAAAUGGUAGCAGAAACUAUAAAUAAAUGUGACAUGGCAAAUCCAUAUUAA